AUGCAUGGGAUUCAAAGGAAUGCAGUGAGGCAAACGUACUUAAAGUGGACAGAUGGACGUAUCCCUUAUACAAUUAGUUCACAGUAUUCAUCAUACAGCCGAUCGAAAAUAGCCGAAGCUAUUGAGGAAUACCGAAAAAAGACCUGCAUCGAUUUCUCACCGAAAAGUGCUGCUGAUCAGGACUACAUACACAUAGUACCAGAUGACGGAUGUUAUUCAUUAGUCGGCCGGAUCGGAGGAAAGCAACCAGUUAGCCUUGGUGAUGGCUGCAUACAGAAAGGAAUCAUCAUCCACGAACUCAUGCAUGCUGUUGGAUUCUUUCACGAGCAAAGUUGGUUUUUUCUCGGAAUCGAUUGA